UAAAAUGAAUAUAAAAUUUAAAAAACGUUAAUACAAAAAAUCACAUAUAACUACCAUUUUGUUUGAUUGGUUUCUGCUGCUCACGCUCUCUCUCUACACUGGCGGAUUUUCUCUCUCUAGAUUCCGAUCUGUUUCAGGCAAACUCAGAGAAUGCCAGCGGACCACGGGGAGCUCUCCUCCGACGAGGUCUUGAGGAGGGAUAUUCCAUGGGAGACUUAUAUGACGACUAAGCUGAUCACGGGGACCGGGCUUCAGCUGCUGCGGCGGUAUGAUAAGAAGCCGGAGGCUUACAAGGCUCAACUGCUGGAUGAUGAUGGUCCAUCUUAUGUUCGUAUCUUUGUGAGUAUUUUGCGCGACAUAUUCAAGGAAGAAACUGUUGAAUAUGUAUUGGCUCUUAUUGAUGAAAUGCUUUCAGCAAACCCCAAAAGAGCUAGACUAUUUCACGAUAAGUCUCUCUCCAAUGAGGAUAUUUAUGAGCCUUUCCUGAGAUUGCUCUGGAAAGGUAACUGGUUUAUACAAGAGAAGAGUUGUAAGAUACUUUCUAUGAUAGUAGGUGAAAGGCCAAAAUCUCACGAGACUGCCACCUCUAAUGGGGCUUCACAUUCAAAGAAGGAACUUACUACUACAGAUGAAGUUUUUAAGGGGUUGAUUGAGUGGCUAUCGACUCAGCUGAAGAAGCCAUCACAUCCUAGCCGUAGCGUUCUGACAGCUAUUAAUUCACUUGCAACUCUACUGAGAGAACCUUCUGCACGGUCUUUAUUUGUUCAAGAAGAUGGAGUGAAGUUGCUCAUUCCUCUGAUCAACCCAGUUUCCAACCAGCAAUCCAUACAGCUCCUCUAUGAAACAUGCCUUUGUGUCUGGCUCCUGUCUUACUAUGAACCUGCAAUUGAGUACCUGGCUACUUCCAGGUCCUUGCCACGGUUGAUUGAAGUUGUCAAGGGAUCCACAAAAGAAAAGGUUGUCAGGGUAGUUGUCUUGACUCUCAGAAAUUUGCUGCACAAAGGGACUUUCGGUGCUCAAAUGGUGGACCUUGAAUUACCACAGGUUGUUCAGAAUUUGAAAGGCCAAGCAUGGAGCGAUGAGGAUCUUAUGGAAGCUCUGAACCAACUGGAACAAGGGUUGAAAGAUAACAUCAAGAAGCUAAGUUCGUUCGAGAAAUAUAAGCAGGAAGUCCUCCUAGGACAUCUUGAUUGGUCUCCCAUGCAUAAAGAUCCUAUUUUCUGGAGGGAGAACAUCACUUGUUUCGAAGAACACGAUUUUCAGGUUCUAAGGGUCCUCAUAACAAUUCUGGACACAUCCUCCGACCCUAGGACGCUUGCUGUCGCCUGCUAUGAUCUCUCGCAGUUUGUUCAGUGCCAUCCGGCUGGGAGAGUCAUCGUGAACGACCUCAAGGCGAAGGAGCGAGUGAUGAAAUUGAUGAACCAUGAAAAUUCAGAAGUCACUAAAAAUGCCCUGCUCUGCAUUCAAAGGCUAUUCCUUGGUGCCAAAUAUGCAAGCUUCUUGCAGGUUUAAAUUUAUUGUUCAUAUACGUCUUUGGAUUAUCGUUCGUGAGCACCUUCUGCGGAUUAACAGAUCGCGAUAUUUUAAUCUGUUACUAUUUAUAUUUUCUCAGUCAUGAUACAAUAAGAUGAAGCUUCACAUUUGUAUUUCAAAUAUGUAUCAGUAAUAAGCUUCCUACAUGUUGAUAUCAUAUAUUGAAUGAUUUUGAUUCGAGUUAAACAGGCAUACGUGAAUAGAAGAUGAAACAAUCAUCAAA